UGUUAUUGUGAGAAUCUAAGCCAUUGUGAACGAUUCCUUGGAGCAACAUCACAUUGUGUCUGUAAGAAAUAAAUAAGUGAUAAAUUUCAUUUUGAGAAUGUAUUUUAAUUUUUUUUAAAUUAUAAACUAAAAGACUUUUCAUAAAAUUUAAUUUUGUAGUUGCCUGCUCCUUUAAUUUAAAUAAUUUUCUUUCUUUGUUUUCUUUUUUUUUUAUAUAUAGUAAAACAAGUAUUUUUUUUUUUCGCUUUAAAAUAUGAUUACUUAAAGUAAAGGUUGUUUUUUUUUCAUGACGUACACAAUAGCUCUUUAUAAUUGUUAAAUUAUGUUUGCUACUGCGAAAUUAUCUUCUGAUAAAUAUUUAGAGUUAAUUAAAUAUUUAAAAAGUCAGCAUUUUUGUUUCAAUAUUUAUUCUAAACAUAACAAGCUAAAGUCCAUAGUCAAUAAAAAGAUUUUUGUUGUUUGUUUUUGUGUUUAUAGUGAGUAAGCCCAUGAUUGUCCAUUUUGAGAACAACUUAGUCCUCCCUGGGCAAGAUUCUACAUUUACAUGUACUGUACAGGCGAAAACACUACCAAAAGAUAAUGAAAUCCAAAUGUUUGGACCUCAAGGAAAGAACAUAACUUCUCUCUCUUCAAGGAUUCUUGAAUCAUCCACAUUAAGAAGAACAAAAAUGUUCUAUGUAAGUUUCCAGUAAUAAACAAAAAUAAAUGAUAAAGACACCUGUAUUAAAUUAAUAUUUUUUUUUUAAAAAUUCAAAAAUUGAAAGAUUAGUCUCAAUAAAAUCAUCGAUUGCUAGAACAAUUCAAAGUAAAAACAUACAUUAUCUCACUGUUGGCGAAAAAUAGCAAUCAAAUUUAGAAUUAAUUGACAUGUAGUCGGGUGUAGUGGCUUGAUGCUAUGCAAGGCCCUCCCUUUGUGUUUACUUCAAACACUCAAGCAAACAUUUCAGGAACCGAAAAUUAACUGUCUUGGUUGUUAGUCCUCUGAGAAUUAAGAAUAAGAUCGCUUGAAAAUGGCCACAUCAAAGAAUUAAAUUUCAGAUGCUUGAUUUUUUUCUAAAAUUCAACAUUUCCCUUGGAAGACCCCACAAUAUAUAUAUAUAUAUAUAUAUAUAUAUAUAUAUAUAUAUAUAUAUAUAUAUAUAUAUAUACACAUAUCUGUUGCAUCCCAUGAGAGCCCAUAUAUAUUAUAUAUUUAACAAUAUUUAUUUAUAUAUAUAUAUAUAUAUAUAUAUAUAUAUAUAUAUAUAUAUAUAUAUAUAUAUAUAUAUAUAUAUAUAUAUAUAUAUAGAUACCCAUAGCCGUUGCAUCCCAUGAGAGCCCAUAUGCAUUAUACAUUUAACAAGAUUUAUAACAAAAGUUUUGAACUUUGAUUCUAUUUAUUGUUUUUCCCAUCAGGUAACGAGCGUACAAGAAAACGAGCAGUACACGUGUUAUGUCCAGUCGAAGUUGGGCUCUAAUAAUUUAACUCUGGUGGCU